AUGGCUUCUGUAUCAGUUGUCAGCCAUGUUAAGACCCUCGCCUUGGCAUCUCCUUUAGCCUUGAGCGCUGCGCUAUUUCUUGUCGUUGCUUUAACUGUUCGUUAUGUCCUCAACUUGCCAAAACGGCUCAACCUACCCGUUGUAGGUACAGGCAACCCUCAAGAUCUGAGCAAGGAUUUAGUCGAAGGCACUAUAAAGUAUCCCAAUACCCCCUAUAUCAUACCAAUAUCACCACCACAAGUUAUUCUCCCAGUAUGUGUGCUGGAUGAAGUCCGCAAUCUGCCCGAGACCCAGGUUUCGUUCAUGAAAUCGGUCCGCGACAUUUUCCUCUACAAGCACACUGGGAUCGGAGAGGAUCGACCAGAGAUAAUCACGGCUGUGAAAGUUGAUUUGACGAGACAUAUUGCCAGUGUUCUCGAUGGUCUCCAAGAUGAAAUUCAGUACUCCAUGAACAAGGAGCUUGGUGCGUGCGAGGAUUGGACUUCAAUCGUGCUAUAUCAGAAGCUUGUGCGCAUCGUGGCGUUGCUGAGUGGUCGAGUCUUCGUUGGUCUCCCCCUCAGCCGGGAUGAAGAGUGGCUCGAUUCAACCAUCAAAUUUACAAUCGAUGCUGUUGCAGCUGCAGAUGCCAUUCGCAAGUGGAAUAUUUUACUUCGGCCAUUCGUGGCCCCGUUUCUUCCCGAGAUACGAAGGGUCAAGCAACACAAAGCGCGUGGAGGAGAGCUUCUGGCUCCGUUGCUUCAAGAGAAGUUGCAUGCAUCACAGAACGAAAAGGCUUCCUCGAGCAAGUCUGGGGACCAGCGUGGAGCUUUUGUAUCGUGGGUUCUCAGACAUACUGACGAGCAUGAACGUUAUGAUCCACGAGUCUUGGGUGUUAACCAGAUGGUUUUAUCUUUUGCCGCCAUCCACACCACAACCAUGGCUACAACCCACGCUAUCUUUGAUCUCGUUUCUCGACCUGAGUACCUCGGACCUUUACGUGAUGAGAUCAACCAAGUCCUCGAAGAAGAUGGCUAUGACUUGAACGGUGACGGCUCGAUGAAGCUAAAGAAAUCAAGCAUCCCCAAACUCCGUAAGCUCGACAGUUUCCUCAAAGAAAGUCAGAGAUUAUCACCUCCAGGACUACUAUCCAACACCCGCAUAACCACCGCCCCUCUAUCCCUCUCAACAGGCCACACCCUCCCAAAAGGCACGAGAUUCGGCUUCCCCUCGUGGGCAAUCCACACCUCAACCACCGCAGAAACGUUCUCUCCUGCCUACAACCCCUCCACCGCCAAAGGCCCUACAGAAUUCGACGGCUUCCGCUUCUCCAACCUGCGCGCCAUGGGCAACGGCAAAGAAAACAAGCACCAAUUCGUCACCACCGCUCCGGAGUCAUUGAAUUUCGGCUAUGGAAACCACGCAUGUCCUGGUCGAUUCUUUGCCAGUAACGAGAUUAAAGUUCUGAUGAUCGAGGUAUUGAAGAACUGGGAUAUUAGGCUGAAGGGGGAUGUGGAGGGGAAGGGAGGCGAGGAUAAGAGGCCAGAGAAUUAUUAUAAUGAGGCUACGGUUGCUCCUAAUCCGCUUGCGGAGAUUGAGAUUCGGAGGAGGAAGGAGAACGACUUGUAA